CGAUGAAAACACAUGGCGUAGGCUCGAUUUCCUUUCUGUUCCUGUUCGCUCAACGUGUUGUUAGAUCGUCAAGAUGCAAAAGAAACAAAAGGAGCCGAUCCAUUCCGUGCAAGUCUUCGGACGCAAGAAAAGUGCGACUGCAGUUGCAUACUGCAAACGAGGUCGUGGAAAUCUCCGCGUCAACGGCCGACCGCUGGAGUUGGUGGAACCUCGUGUUUUGCAGUACAAAUUGCAGGAACCUAUCCUAUUGCUGGGCAAAGAAAAGUUUUCCGGAGUCGACAUCAGGGUACGUGUAAAUGGUGGUGGUCAUGUUGCGCAGAUCUAUGCCAUUCGUCAAGCCAUCUCCAAGGCUCUUGUUGCAUACUAUCAAAAGUAUGUUGAUGAAGCUAGCAAAAAGGAAGUAAAGGAUAUUCUUAUCCAAUAUGACCGUACUCUUCUUGUUGCUGACCCAAGGAGGUGCGAGCCAAAGAAGUUUGGUGGUCCAGGUGCCAGAGCACGAUACCAGAAGUCUUAUCGUUAAUGUCCUCAAAUUUUACAUUACACUUUAUUCAUAUUACUGAAUAAAAAAAACUUAAAAUCUA